AUUUGUGCCUGUCACUUCACUAUAAAUUGGCGCGCAAGUUAUUGUGACAUCACAGUUACUACUUACGUUUUCGUUCAGAAACACAACACCAAAAUGUUCGCUCUUCAAACUUAUAGUAUCUUCGUCAUUGCGUUAGCAACGUCCUGCGCUUAUCAACAAAUGCCACAACAACAACAACAACAACAACAACAACAAUGGACGCCAUACAACAUAAACCUCGACAGUUAUUUACAACAGCACGAUCAACAGUUUCAACCAAGCGACUAUUCUUCUGGCUUCGACUUCGGGGGUCAUGAUUCGGGUGAUCAAGGAGACUUUGGAAAAGAUUUCGGAGGUCAUGACCUACAAGCUCAUUCGUAUCCCGUGCAUCAUCACGUAGAAGAAGAAAACCCUGAGCCUAUCAAACACUACAAGGAAGUUGUCGUCCCCGUUCCGAAGAACGUUGAGUUCAAAGUCCACCAGCCCGUCCUUAUACCAAUCCCUCAUCCAGUGCCAAUCCAAGUUCCCGUUCCCAAAGCAGUAGUCAUCCCUAUCAUAAAGGAAGUCUCCAUUCCCGUCGAAAAAUCUGUUCCUUAUCCCGUUGAGAAGAUUGUCCAUGUCCCCAAGAUCAAGGAAGUGCCUUUUGAAGUUAUUAAACAUAUAAUCGUACCCGUCGAAAAGCCUGUACCUUUCAAAGUACCUGUAUACGAAACCAUCAUUCACACUAAGAAAGGGUCACACAAGAUACGUUAACUUUUAGAUUGAUUGAUGUUUUGGUUUUGUAAAUGUGUAAUGUAUUGUUAGUUUUUACACAGAAUAAAGAAUAUAACAGAAUGAGUCUAUACAAGCUGUGGGGUGGGGCCGGUGAAACACAUAAAAAAACAAACGUCACGCGUCUCCUUCACAUCCGCAUAUACAAAGUUUUUUCAUAAUUUGUAUUUCGAGAUUUAACACUAGCAACAAUCACGUAAAUUGAUAAUAAUUACAUUUAAAAAUACUCAAUCUUAUAUUUUUUAGUUUUGGAAUACAGUUUUUAAAAUAUUUAAAAACAUAAGACGCCAUUUUUCUUGAAUAAUAUUGAAAAUUACUGAUGCAAUGCUCAUGUCGUACUAACUCGAGAAUGUAUUCGUUUUUGAAAUUGUAUUUGGAAUGGCUGCAUCUCUUCCGUGUUCCGUACGCUCUAUCUGCCUAUUAUUCUUUAAUCUGUGUGUGUAAUGUAUUGUUAAUUUUUAUCUCUAUUUCUUCACGUUUCAAGUCUAUACGAUGAAAUAGUGACAAAAAUCUUUAUAGUAGGCUACAGAGAAAUAUCCCAUUCCUAUUUAUUUAUAAAACCCGCCGUUGUGAAUCACAGAAGUAUUGUAAAUAUUUCUAGUGUGUUGAUACAAUAGCUGUAUUACUGAUGCUCAGAUAAAAACGUCGUAUUUAUUAAGGACUUGGUGUUUAUCUAUAUUCUUUUGUGACUGAUUUCUUGUUAUUGUUGUGAUGUUUGUUAUGUGUGUUUGUUUUGUAAAUAUUGUUGAUUAGUUUUAGUUGUUACUUAAUAAAAUACUAUUGAUGUCGUUAAAA